AUGGCAAACAGUUUCCACGCUUCGGAUAAGAACUCCAAGGAUACAGUCAAGCGAUUUGAGUCGCAUGAGUUCGUUGAUGAGGAUGGCGAAGAAUAUGGAGGUUCUUCAUUUGGCGGAUUUGGGGAUUACUUUCGUAACAAGAAAAUAAAGCUUCAGAAUAAAGAUGCUCAUAUCCGGGAGACUUACAAGUCUGAAAACGCUCCUCAGUUAUUUAAGGGUAUGGCCAUGUAUGUGAACGGCUAUACUCAGCCCUCCUUGAACGACCUCAACAUCAUGGUCGUGCGCCAUGGGGGCGUUUUCAUCCAAUAUCUUGAUGGCAAAACGCAAGUCACGCAUAUCAUAGCGACAGCUCUUACGCCCAAGAAAAAGGUGGAAUUCGCAAAAUACAAGAUUGUGAAGCCGGCUUGGAUCGUGGAUUCCAUCGAAGCCGGAGUAUUAUUGCCAUGGACCGACUACAGGGUCGUAGAAGGUGACCAAAACCAGGGCCUUCUUGGUUUCGGAGGGUUCAAACCCAAUGCAUAUACCCAAUCACAAGGCGAUGGGAAGAUACUGAGUCAGAGGAACCGCCCGAAUUCCUCCUAUCGAGAGUUUACGGGGAAGCGAAAGUCUACAGCGGCCAGACUGCUCUCUCGCUCCGGCGAAGACGGACCAUCAUCGACAUCACAGUCUUUUGGGUCGUUUGUAAAAGAAACUCAACUUGAUGCGCAAUGGGUCCCGCCUUCAAAACAGCCUUCUUCUCCAUUACUAGAAGAUGAAGAGAUGACAGAAAAUCUCCCCGCUAUCCCCGAGUUUCAUGAGCCAGAGAUAAUGUCUUUUUCAGACGAGAAGUCCAAAGAAGAGACGCUUCAAGACUCCCAUCUUAUUGUACCCGCAGGUCUAUCUAGCAGUAGUUCGAAGUCUCAACUGCUUCAAAACGACUUGAGGAGCAGCCAGGAUCCUUUCAAAGAUGACGACGAAAGCCUACUCGCCCAAGGGGUAGUAACGCAGAUUGAGGGUCCUGCCGAUUCGGAAUCCCCUAUCCUUUCGGAGGGCGAUGAGGAUCGCCUAAAUGGCCCGAAUGCCGAGUUUCUUGAUUCGGAGUACCCCCCCUCGCUAGUGCACAAGAAGCAGAAGCUUACCGCCCUAGAAAAUAACACCAACCUACUAUCAAACCCCAAGGUUCGGCAAAAUACAGUUCUAAAUCCCGAAUUUCUCACGAAAUAUUACUCAGAGUCCCGGCUUCACCAUCUCUCGCAAUGGAAAGCCGACUUAAAGUCGUAUUUCCAAUCUUUGACAUCUCAAACACCUCGUCGCCCUAAACCCUCUUUGUCUGCUAAUAGAUAUAUCCUGCAUGUUGACUUUGACUGCUUCUUCGCUUCUGUAUCAGCGAAAUCCCGACCCGAUCUUUCCGGAAAGCCUAUUGGGGUAGGUCAUUCUUCUGGACCCUCCUCUGAGAUAGCAUCCUGCAACUAUGUUGCCCGCGAAUCGGGUGUCAAAAAUGGGAUGUGGAUGAAGCAAGCUUUAGAGCUGUGUCCGAAUCUUGUGAUUUUACCGUACGACUUUCCCGCCUACGAAACCGCUUCAAAAGCGUUUUACACGGUACUCAUGGGUGUGGGUGCCAGCGUUGUUCAAAGCGUUAGCAUCGACGAAGCCCUACUUGAUAUCACCAAUCUAAUUUCGGGACUGGGUAUGACGGUAGCAGAGGAACAUGCAAAAGUAUUCGAAAUUUCGAAAUCCAUCCGCGAUGGCGUGCGAACUAAAACGGGGUGCGAAGUUUCGGUUGGCGCAGGUGCUAAUGUGCUGCUCGCGAAGCUAGCACUGAGGAAAGCGAAACCCGCAGGGCAGUACCACCUAAAGCCUGAUGAAUUUGUAGAGUUUGUAUCCCAUUUGAAGGUGAGGGAUCUGCCUGGCGUGGGAUACAACCUUUCACAAAAGAUCCAAGAAGAUUUAAGCAUAGAAACAGUCGGAGAACUUAGAGAUGUGGCCAAAGAUAAACUGAAGCGGGUGAUGGGGCCGAAAACUGGUGAAAAGCUAUUUGAAUAUGCCAGGGGUAUAGACAAACAAGAAGUCGGUGAUGUGACUGUUCGCAAGAGUGUAACGGUUGAUGUGAAUUGGGGGGUUCGCUUUGAAACCUCAACUCAGGUUACCGAGUUUAUGUAUAACCUCGCGGGCGAGCUUAGUCGCCGCCUCUACUCUCAGAACUUGCGGGGCACGCAUCUUAGUCUCAAAUUAAUGAAGCGAGCCCCGGAUGCCCCUUUGAAUCCGCCCAAGUAUCUUGGGCAUGGGCAAUGCGAUACUUUCAAUAAAUCAGCUGUGCUCGGGGUAGCAACUAAUGACAAGGAAAUCAUUGGGAAGGAAAUGUGUAGUGCCCUAAAGACUUUCAACUGUCCUCCGGAAGAAAUCAGAGGGUUAGGAAUUAGUAUGACAAAACUUGCGCCAGUGAACACUUCGGUGACUGGGAGUUCCCAAAAGAAGUUGGAUUUCAGCCGCCAAAUUGCUAUCGAACCACCAACGUCCUUUGAUUCUAGUAUGCUGCCGCCUCCUAUACCAGCAGUCGACAAAGGGAAGCGCCGAGCCAGCCCGGAACCUACGCAGCGAGAGAACCAGGCAGCUAUCAGGCUUUCCAAACCGAAUAUGCCCCCGAUGUUGUCGCAGUUCCUAGUACCCACACAAAUUGAUCAAUCGGUACUUGAUUCCCUGCCGGAGGAUAUGAGAGAUAAAAUAUUGGCAGAACAGCAAAAGAAGCAAGCUUGCAAAGAGCAGCCAAUGGCUCCGCCCGUGGCUCUCAAACCUAAACCAGCCCCCCCAAGGACAAUAGCUUUUACACAGCUCCCAGCACAAUCGCAACUUGACCCCAGCGUUCUAGAUGAACUUCCUGAAGAUAUUAGGGCAGAGAUAUUAGCGGAGUACGGCAGGGCAGGGGCGAGUGGUAGCGGAACGAGCACUAGUAGAACCAUCGGAGCCGUCAACAACAUCUCAUUACCGAAACCCCAGACUCCAAACAAAAGUCGAAUCACUACAGCCAUAACCGGCCCCUCAAACAUAAAGAAACAGACGCCCAAGAAGAAGACACCUGUCACGACAAACACACUUGGUUUUAGCCGCCCCUCAACAUCAACCAGAAAAUCCGAGCCACCUAGUAGCACGCCUCCAGAGGCCCUUGGUAUUGACCCAACAUUCCUAGCUGAACUUCCGCCAGAAAUCCGCGAGGAAGUAAUCGCGCAAGCGAGGGCAGAUAAGAAAAGGGCGGAAGCAAAGGCCGCUUCUUUAGCUGUUGCGAAGAAGAAUCUAUCACGUCAACCAGCGGCGGUACAGCCGCCAGGUAGCAAUCAACGAAAAGUUGUCACCAUCCAAGCGAAGAAGCGGUCGAUACUUCAAGGUGCAAGUACCUUGAAUGAUGUCAGGAAUUUAAUUACGAAUUGGCAUAAUUCGGCAAGAAUUGAAGGGCCUCACGUUGAGGAUGUCGAGGAUGUUGUGGGGUGGUUGAGAACCGUGGUCACUGACGAAAGAGAUUUGGAGAAGGCAGUGAACGUGGUUAAGUGGUUAGAAUGGGUGGUUGGUGAAGGGCAAGGCCAUUUGGAGUGGGGGGUUGCAUUGGAGAUGUGUAAAUCGGGCGUUCGGGAGGAAGCACAAAAAAGAGGCCUAAGAGGUAUUGACGUGUAA